AGAGAAAACAUCAGUCAAAAGGUAAGACAUACCUAUAGAGAAGAACAAGACAAGAGAGCGCAAGAGAGAGAGCAACAACAAUGAUGCGAGCUCAGAUUGAGGUGAUCCCCUGUAAGAUCUGUGGGGACAAGUCAUCAGGCGUUCACUAUGGCGUCAUCACCUGCGAAGGUUGUAAGGGUUUUUUCCGGCGUAGCCAGCAGGCAAGUGUGUCGUACUCGUGCUCCCGCCAGAGCAACUGCCCCAUCGAUCGCUCUAGCCGCACCCGCUGCCAGAGCUGCCGCCUCAAGAAGUGCGUCGCCCAGGGCAUGAGCCGCGAUGCGGUGAAAUUCGGCCGCAUGUCCAAACGCCAGAGGGACUCCCUGAUCGCCGAAGUGGAGCGUCACCGGCAGCGGCAGCAGCAGCAGCAGCGUAUCCAGGCCAACUCCAUGGAGGCCCAGACAUUCUCCACCUACUGCCCAGUCAAAGACCCCCUUGACGGGUCGCCGCCGAUACUCCAGCCCCUGGCUUUGGCCUACCCCAUCCACAUGGACCCCGAGAUGCAGCGUUGUGCUCCGGAGGUGCACCCGUAUCUGAUGUGCCCCCCAGGCGAGCUCCAGGCUUCGGGCCUACUCUACCGGAGGAGGGGGGACCGCAGCGGACUCACCGACAGCAGGGGUGUUGACUCAAGGCAGUCCUCCCCAGAGCAGGGUCCACUGGGCAUGUCCACGACUGACAUGAGUCUCCGCCCCUACGACCACGAAGACGCCUUCUGCCAAUACCCUACCUCAUUACUGCACAUAGAGGAGUUGUGUGCGAGCAUUGUGCGUUCCCACAGGGAGACGUCUCAGUUCCGUGUGGAGGAGCUGCAGGCUCUGCGCUGGAAGGUCUUCACCAGAGAGGAGAUACACAUGUACCACAGCAAGAGUGUGGAUGAGAUGUGGCAGCUGUGUGCUGAUAGGCUGAGUGAUGCGGUGCAGUACGUGGUGGAGUUUGCCAAGCGGCUGCCGGGGUUCCGCCAGAUCCGCCAGAACGACCAGAUCAACCUGCUCAAGAGCGGCUCAAUGGAGGUGGUGCUGGUGAGAAUGAGUAGGCUGUUUAACACAGAGAACAGCACUGUGUUCUUUGAUGGGAAGUUCGCUGGAACUGAAGUGUUUAAAAAUCUCCUGUGCGGUGACCUGAUCAUGGCCGUGUUUGACUUCGCCGACAGCAUGAGUGCACUGAGGCUUACUGACCCCCAGGUGGCGAUAUUCAGCGCACUGGUGCUCAUCAACCCUGAUCGUCCUGGUCUUGAGGACAGGGGGCGCGUUCAGAGACUGAGAAAGGACAUUGAGCGGGCCCUCAGCCACAUCCUCCACAGAGACAACCAGGACACACUCCUGCUCAGGCUGUACCAGAAGUUGCCGGUGCUGAAGGCUCUGUGCUCGCUGCACAUUGAGAAGCUCCAUUGGUUCCGCCAGCUCUACCCCCUCACUGUGCACACACACUUCCCCCCACUCUACAAGGAGCUGUUCGGGUCAGACAGCGACACCCUGCCCUCCUCUUCAUGAACACACACACACACACACACACACACACACACACACACACACACACACACACACACACACACACACACACACACACACACACACACACACACACACACACACACACACACAGACUUGCUACUGUACACAGACACAUUCCCUCACAAACCCAUACAGAUUACUUAAUUACGUGUACACAGACACAUGUACACACACACACACACACACACACACGCACACGCACACGCACACACACACACACUCAUGCACAAAGACAUGCACACACACACAAAUGCACAUAGACACACAACACAAGUGUGCACGCACGCACAAACACACACACACACACACAUUUAAGUACAUGUAUUUUAAUCCUUUCAAAUUCUUUUAAGUAUCUAUUAAGGUCUAUAUUUUUGUAAUUGUGAUGUUAGGAGAAAAUAAUUUCAGUACGAGUUCGUACCGUGCGGGCCAGAGGAGAGAGAUUUUUUUUUGUGCUGAGAAACUGUUUUGUAGAAAAUAAAAAACAAGCUAGAAAACAGGACCAACCAGCUAGAAUUUCAGCCAUAUAAUGUAACCAUUCUCUUAGCUUGGGUAGUGUUCUUCACAAGAAAGAAUCUUGUUUUGUUGUUAUUUUUUUGUUUUGUUUGUUGGAUUAAAUGUAUGCCAUCCUGUGA